AUGAAGGCCCAAGUCGCACUCUUGUUGACUGCUUUGCACUUUUCGUAUGCUGUUCCAACCGGACAGACGAUUCUUUCUCCCGUUCACGACUCGAUAAACCGGGGACGGUUGGUGUUCGAGAACAAGUUGGCGUCUCUACCGCACUCCUGGCCCGGCAUCGAAUUGGACCUCAACCAGCGUCGUCUGGUUCAAUUUGAAGACUCUGAGCCUGUCUGGAUUACCGAGUUGGAAAAGAUCUAUGCCAAAGCCUCUGGUGCAAAGUUCUUUGAUAUUACGGAUACUCAGCCGAGCACCGCGUUCCAUACCGUCGAUUCCAAACCGUACCCAAAGCCCAACUGCUCAGAUACUGUGCAAGAGGUCAUUUCGUACUUGUCGACGAAAGGUCCCAAGAGCAACCUCGCAACAUUUACGAGCUUCCGCACCCGAUAUUAUCGAAGCGACACUGGAAAGCAGUCCCAAGAGUGGCUCCUUGGCCGGAUUUACGAGAUUACGUCAGCUGCCUCGACUCGGGACGACAUCGACAUUGCGGAAUUUGCGCACAGCUGGGGACAAAACUCAAUUAUCGCAAAGAUUCCAGGGACAAAUCCCAGCGGUAGCAUCAUCAUCUCCGCACAUCAAGACAGUAUAAAUACGUGGCCAUUCUUCCCGGCUCCUGGUGCGGAUGACGAUGGUUCUGGAACUGUGACCAUUCUUGAGGCAUACCGAGUUCUUCUGGAGGCUGGAUUCAAGCCAAAGAAUGACAUCGAAUUCCACUGGUAUUCUGCAGAGGAGGGUGGUCUUCUCGGCUCUCAAGCAGUAGCAACAGACUACAGGCAGAACAAGGCAAAGGUCUUGGCUCAGAUUCAGUUUGACAUGACUGCGUUUGUCAAAAAGGGAACACGAGAGGAAGUCGGUGUGAUUACAGACUAUGUUGACCCAAACGUUGUCAAGUUUGUCCAACAACUUAUCAAGGCCUACCUGAGUAUCCCAUAUGUCGAGACCAAGUGCGGAUAUGCGUGCUCUGACCACGCUUCAUGGUCCAAGAAUGGCUACCCAUCUUCCUUUGCAAUCGAGAGCUCGUUUGAGAAUUCAAACCAUGACAUCCACUCGACACGCGAUACGAUGGAUCUGCCCGAGUUUUCGUUUGAGCACAUGCUCGAGUUUUCCAAGCUCGCAGUGGCCUUUGCGAUCGAACUUGCCGACUACAAGCCAUAA